AUAACUGAUGCACCUGUUUAUUUAUAUCGGUCAGCUGUUUUCCACGUAAAUACAUAUUUAUAAACAAAUACAAAUAAUUACAAUUGACAAAAAUAGUGCGUCAAAUGACAAAUAUUUAACUAAUUUUAGACAGUGUUAGCCAAAGAACUUGACAACAAAUCUCUGGAUGCUUUCGAUUAAUAAAGAUUUGUUCAAAACAAACAGAUUUACGUUAUGGCCCUAGCUGCACAAGUAACGACAUUAUUAAAUUCCUUACCUACCAGUGAUCUACUUUGGGAAAUAACAAAUUUAGCCGUGAUGAAAGAAAUGAAAGUAACAUUAAAAGAAACAACAAAAAGUGGUUUUCUCGUUGGAAGUAUUGUGAUGAUAUCAGGACUUUUUGGUGGACCACCAGGAAUAUUAAUUGGUGGUGUUGCUGGCAGUUGCUUAGCAGCGUACUUAAGUCAAGGAAAAUUUAAAACUGUAACGGAAAUAGUUAAUGAAGAUCUCACGGAGGAACAAAAGGAAAAACUUGCAGAUGAAGUAAGAAAAUGUCUCACUGCACAAAAUAUUUUCACAAUUGCUGAAUUUGCCCUUCGUUUACAAAGUAAUGACUUACUAUUAGAAGCAGUAGUGCAAAUAGUUCGACAAUUUAUCACUUCGGAUUUAGUGAUGAAAAUUAUGUGACUCUCAACAAUUUUUAAUUAGCUAAGAUUUAGUUUAUGAAUAAAAAUACAAUUUUUUCUAUAUUCAUAUUCAAAAUAUCAUUAAAUGAUAAUGUAAUAAAAUUAAACUAUUUUUUUAAGAAUAUAAAUUAUUAAAAAAAAUUAUUAAAA